AUGCCCAACACCGUAAUUCUCGGCACCGGUAUUAUCGGUGUCUCAACCGCCUACUAUCUCUCUCUCUCCAAUGACCCCUCAACCAUCCACCUCGUAGAUCCAUCACCCAUUCUUUUCUCUUCUGCUUCUGGCUACGCAGGUGGUUUUCUUUCUCGAGAUUGGUUUGCCGAGGAAUCAUCUGAUCUGGGUUCCUUAAGUUUCGAAGAACAUAAGAAGCUCGCGGAAGAACAUGCUGGUGGUGAAAAAUGGGGGUAUAGUGUGAGUAAAAGUAUGGGUUAUGUGAGUCAUGUUGCUGCGGAAAAUUUGAGGAAGACUGGGAAGAGGGGGGUUAGAGGAGAUGAUUGGUUGAGAGGGGGUGGAAGUAGAGCGGAGACUGCUAGUGGUAAUGAUGGUGUUAGUGUAGAUGAGAUUAUAGGUGCUACUGGGCUAGAGGGACCCAAAUGGUUGAAAAGAAAUGAAGGUGAUGAGUUAGAAGUCAUCAGUGAAGAUGGAAGUACAGCUCAAGUCGGCUGGUGCUUGGUCGCCAGAGCUGGUCAUUCCUUGGUGGUAAGAACACCGAGCUGGAAUAAUCAGCUGGAGGAGAAGGAAUGCCAUGCCGUCUUUGCUAGUGAUGAGGAUGGAUAUUCUCCUGAGGUGUUCUCUAGGAAGGGUGGUGAGAUUUAUGUUGCAGGCUUGAACUCUUCGAUUAUACCAUUACCAGGACUUGCAACAGAGUCCAAGAUCCAAGAGCAUGUUGUGCAGAGGUUAGAGAAGACUGCCAAAACAAUGUUUGGCCUUGACGAAAAUAUUGAAAUGGAAGUUGUCAGAAAAGGCUUAUGCUUUCGACCUGUUACGAAUAGGGGAACGCCAAUUCUGGCGAGGAUAGCCGAUAGUGACUUAGGUGGAAUAGAGACUAGGAGUGCUGGAGAUGGCGGUGUUUGGCUUGCGGCUGGACAUGGUCCUUGGGGCAUUAGUAUGAGUUUGGGUACUGGCAAAGUAAUGGCGGAGAUGAUACAAGGAAAGGCUACAAGCGCUGAUGUCUCGAGAUUGGGUUUUUAG